AUGGCCAUUUCCAUGACAAUCUUGCGGAACACAUCCACUGGAUUUUUGGGACUUUGCUUGGGGAAUCAAGUUUGGGCUGCACUGCUGUGGCCAUUGAGACAGGUUCAUGGCCCAUGUCGUCCGGACAGGCUCUACUUCUGUUUGGACGCAGACGAUGACACUGCAGCUGCUGAGUUUCAUUUUUUUGAACAGCCGGAGUCCUGGGAAGUGGUCAUGAAUUACGAGUUACUAUUUCAUGACUCACAAGUCAUCCUGGAUUGCCCGUUGCACGAGUCAGAGUCGCUACUCAAGUUUUUUUUGCGUGAACCGUCUCGAAUCAAACAACUUUCCCGGACUGAUUUGGAGACGAUCAGUGAAAAGUUUUUCAUGCCUCCGUGUCAUGGCGACCGUGAUCAACUUCGACAGUUACCACAGAAAGAUUUGUUGGCAAGUGUCAUUGACUUCGCCUCAAAUGGUGAUGCCGAUUACAUUGAGCAAGUGCAUGAGUCACUGAAGCAGAAUAAAUCAUCUGCCGCUGCGAAGGCCCAGGAUGACGAGAAUGAGUUUGGUGGAGCAUUGGACGAACUGGUGUUGCUGGACCUCCCAGCUGAAGAGCGUCGAGAUUUCGAUGAGGUGGCAAAAGCCAUUGAGAAAAAGGUCAAAGCUGACUGGAACUUGAUGAUUGUUGCAAAGGAGGCCAAGGGGAAAGCGAAAGCAAAGGCAAAAGCCAAGUCAAAAGCCAAAGCCAAGGCAAAGGCCAAGGCAAAAUCCAUGGCAAAACCUGUCCGGCAAGCUGCCAGAGGAGUCUUCAAUUCCCGAAAACGAAGGCGGCAAGCCAUUGCUCCAAUCGAAGAUGCGGCCAGAGUCAAAGAGCCUGAACCUACUAUUGGUGGCGAUGAGCGAGUGCAUGGGCAUGAUGAUGCUGCUGCUAGUGGUGAUGCCAGUGACCAUCGCCGUCCAGAGGACAAGUCUGCUGAUGAUUUUGAAGUGCCCCCGGAUGACACUGCCAUGGACGCAGGUCUGCAGACGCUUCCGCCGUCACCAGUGCCAGUGCCAAAGUUGCGAGAGUGGAAGUGGAGAAGCCCAGCCAAGAAACAAGCUACUCUUGCUGCGUCAUCAUCAUCAUGCUCUCGUCCUACUGAGCCAAUUGAAGAAGUGCACACUGACACAGUCAUUGUCGCAAUCGAAUCGGAAACUGAUUCAGUUCCAGCAGAAGCUGUUGAAAACCCGAUGGUACCUGCAUCUGAGCUUGCCAAUCCAGUGCCACUCCAGCCUGCAGUACCUGAUUUGGAACCUCCUGCUGAAGUCGCUGCAGCAGCGGCGGGCGUGGAUCUUGUAGUGCCCAAGGCCAAGGCAGCGCCCAAGGCUGCAGCAGAACGACCUUGGCCUUGCCAUACGCGAAAUUCCAUCAACCAAUGGACUGACGUCCCGUGUCGUCGGUGUAAUGUUGCCAUUGCAGGCCAGAUCAAAUUUGACGAACGGCCAGGACAGCGGGAUAAGCCCACCUGGUUCAUGAGAGUUCGCGAUGAUGACAAUUCAUUGAAUCAAUCCAGUGGCCCGUACUUCUCGCGAAGACUUGCUCAUAUUGUUGGGGACACUGACACCUUUGCCAUGGACUGGAUCGAGCAGUAUAAAAAAUGCUGUGGAAGCAAACGGACCCGUCUUUGA